CAUUUUAUAAUAUCAAGACAAAUUCAGAAUGUUACAAGUGUAGAGUUCCAUUCAAUCAAGGUUCAGACCAUGAAUACAUUUCCUCCUCUGCUUGCAAUCAUCUUUGCCUGUUUGCUAUGUACAAUCAUGUUCUAUACUGGCAAUUGCAACUCCAAUAUUCGCUGCAACAAGAAAGACAAGGAUGCUCUCUUAAAGUUCAAGCAAGGAAUCGAAGAUCCAGCAGGUGUGCUCUUUUCAUGGUCAACUCAACACGAUUGUUGCGAAUGGAAAGGAGUCAUGUGUGACAAUUUCACGAGUAGAGUCACUCAACUCAGUCUUCCUUGUUACACAACUCCUCCAACUUACACUGAUAAAAUAGAUAAAUCACACUGCCUCACAGGUUCCAUUUACCUAUCCUUGUUUGUCCUGGAGUUUGAAUUUCUAUAUCACUUGAAUCUGAGUAAUAACAACUUCUCAACUAUUCAAUUUGGUUCUCAUGUGUAUGCCCGAAAUUGCCAUAAUCUAUCUACUGCUACUCCUUCCCAUCGAUGUGUAAACUCUUCAGAUCUUCGUUAUCUUGAUUUAUCGUUCAACUUUUAUGCCAAGACCAGUCUUCAAUGGCUUUCUCAUUUUUCCUCCUUGAAAUAUCUUAACCUCGAUGCCACAUGCAUCAUUGUCAUCUUAAAGACUUGAGUCCGUAUCUUCAAUUUGCCAAUUUUACAGCACUCAAAGUUCUUUCUCUUCCUGGAAAUGAUUUUAGGUCAGUGUUACCAAAAUGGCUAUUCAAUUUAAGUAGUGGUAUCUCUUCCAUUGACCUAGGGUCAAAUUUUUUACAAGGUCAACUACCUAAGGCGAUGUUAAAUCUUCGACACUUGGAAAUCUUGAACUUGCACGGCAAUUACUUCAACGGACCAAUUCCACAUUGGUUAGGAGAAUUUGAACAUCUGAGACAUCUUAAUCUUAGAAAAAACAUGUUUUCUGGAUCUAUUCCCACAAGUUUGGGAAAUCUAUCAUCCUUAGUUUUCUUGGCGGUCAACUCAAAUAGAUUGACGGGAGUUGUGUCUGAGAAAACUUUUGCCAGACUGUCAAAAUUGAAGAAGUUAGGCAUAUUCAUAUCACCACCAUUAAUCUUUGAUUUUGACUCCAACUGGAUUCCUGCCUUUCAACUUGAGCGAUUAAAUCUUGCAUUUUCAGGAACUAAAUUUCCUGAGUGGUUAUACACACAAAAGUCUCUUGAAUCUUUAAGUAUUUAUGAAUCAUCAUUUGAGGGUAGCGAAAAAUUUUGGAAUUUUCUGUCAAGAAUGAAAGAAGUGAAUUUAGAACAGAAUUCGAUAGAUGGGAACUUGUCAAACGUGUUGUUGAACUCUGCUUUCAUAUCUUUGUCAUCAAAUGAUCUGAAGGGUUGGUUGCCUCGAUUGUCAUCGAACGUGGUCGUUGUACGGUUGUCAAACAACUCAUUAUCAGGAAACUUGUCUUCUCUCUUGUGUGAUGAUGAGAUGUUGAAUGGGAAAAGUAAUUUGGUGUACUUGGACGUAUCACUUAAUCGUCUGUCGGGAGGACUUACAAAUUGUUGGGGAAACUGGAAAUCAUUGGUUCAUGUUAAUUUGGGAAGCAAUUAUCUAACAGGCAAGAUAUCACCAUCAAUGGGCCUGUUGCCUAAUCUCACAUCAUUCCAUCUACAUGAAAAUAAGCUCUAUGGAGAAAUUCCCUCCUCGCUGAAAAAUUGUCACUCUUUGUUAAUCUUCAAUGUUCGGGAAAACAACUUUUCAGGAAAUAUACCAAAUUGGAUACCAGAUGCUGCAAAAGUUCUCCAAUUAAGAUCCAAUCAUUUUACAGGAAAUAUCCCACCACAUAUAUGCCAAAUGUCUUCCCUCAUUGUUUUGGAUAUUGCAGAUAACACAAUCUCAGGACAUAUACCCAACUGCCUUCACAAUAUCACAGCCUUAGUUUCCGGCAAAACUUCAGUCCACAUGCUUUCUUUUUUCUUUCCCUUGCCUGAUGGUCGCUACUACACCUUUGAAGACAAUCUUGAGCUGGUUACAAAGGGUCAAGCAAUAAAAUACGGAAAAAACCUGCACUUUAUGAACUUAAUUGAUUUGUCAAGUAACAAUAUUUCUGGAGCAUUACCUCCACAAAUGUUUAGACUCCUUGGAUUAUGUUCCUUGAACUUGUCCCACAAUAAAUUAACCGGAAAAUUUCCAAAUGAGAUUGGAAACAUGAACCAGUUGGAGUCCCUUGAUUUUUCAGCAAACCAACUUUGGGGUGAAAUUCCCCAAACUCUAUCAAAUCUGUCCUUUUUGAGUUACUUAAACCUGUCAUUCAACAAUUUCACGGGCAAAAUACCAUCAGGAACACAGCUCCAAGGUUUCGGUGAACUUAGCUAUAUCGGUAAUACUUAUCUUUGUGGACCUCCACUUACAAAAACAUGCUUCCAAGAUUAUGUAAAGCAAAUAAAAGAAGAUGAGGAUAAAUCUGAAUUUUGGUCAUGGUUUUAUACUGGAACAGAAACUGGAUUUGGCAUGAGUUUUUUGGGAGUGUGUUGUGCCCUUUUCUUAAAUAGAAAAUGGAGGCACGCUUACUUCAAGUUUCUCUGUCGUUUGAUAGAUCGACUUUAUGUUAUGGGACUCAUCACUAUAAAUUCCUUCUCUUUUGCGUAGUGGCAUUCCUCAUUCUUUAGAAGGGAAUAAGUCAUCAAGUGGGAGAGAAAACAAAGACAGUGAUGCAAUUUUGAUGGCAACAGCGACCACUCACUGUCCAUUAGCUCAAGAUUUAGAUUUUGUUUUUAUUCCAUCGGCAGACUGCGAUUAUACUUCUAGACUUCUCUUUUAUUUCUUUAUUUUCCCACGUAAGGAUCUUACAGUAUUACGUAAUUAAUGGCGUUAAUCACUACAGCAUUAUCUUCUGAAGAUGCAUCCAUUUUCAUUUUCAAAAACCUUUACUUUACUCUCCCAAUUUAAGUUUCUUGUCCGUUUACAAUCAUAGUAUUUUGUUUUUAUCUGAAAACUCUUUAAUUUAUCUGCCAAA